GGUGGUAACAAAAAAUAAUCCAGAUGGAGCACAAGUACAUUGAAAAGAUACAAAGCUGCUUCUGUGUCCUACCUCAAGAUCUGUCCCCAGACUAUGUCAAUGAAGUAAGCAGGUCCAACUUGGAUGAGGACUGCACUCUUCAGUUAAGAAGCCAUUGGAGACAAGAGGUGUUGGAGCCUAAAAAUGCCCUCCCCAGUGAGGGCCUGAGUCAAACUGAGAGCAGAGGCAGGAAUGCUGCCCCACAGGAAUCCUGCGGGCCUCGGCAAGGAUCAUUCCCUCAGGGGGACACAAGACGUGGACACUGUGCCAACCCUAGAGACAGCACCAAUGGCAUGGGCCCCAGAGCCUCUCCCCAGUCCCUCAGGAAUCCCCAACCAGGCUCAUGGGUGAGCCCUGCACAAGGCAUUCACCCAGCUCGGCCCUUCCUUGAAGGCAGGGACGCCAGGAGCCAGGACUGUGUGCUGCCCUCCUGGGAAGAGACUCCAGCCAUGGGAAAAGGAGACUGCAGAGCUCCUGCUGAGGCAGAGAGUCCAGUUUUGGAAGGACAAGUCCAGGACCCCCCUCUGCCAGACUGGAAUCACCCGCCACUGUGGGACCUGGCUGUUGACAGCUAUGGGGAUCAGGGGAGGAGGAAGAAGCGGUGGUGGAAGCCCUUGCACUUUUAGAAGCUGAUACUGCCAGAGAAGAUGUACCAGGCAGAAGUGCUGUGGCCAGUGAGCCAGUGCCGUGCUGCAUAAGGGGAGAUGCUUGUAAUCCUUGGGACCCAAGCUGAGCAUUGGCCAGCACGCCCUGGUGUGGCUUAGGAGUUGUUUACCUCCAGCAUCUGUUCCUAUUCUGGGUGCCUGAGCUGUGCUGCUUCUCAAAGACUUGGAGCCUCACUGCGUCAAUGGGCCCUCACUGGGGACAGGAGAAUGAACAUCAGAGUGAGCUGCUGUGCCCCUGUCCAUGGAACAUGCAGAAACUGAGCACCCUGCUUGCCAACUGUCACAGUCCUCAGAACAUCUGGUACAGAUGGCAUGAGAGUGCUGUCCUGUCCCCACUCCUAGUCCCAAGGAAAUACAGUCACUGAGCAUCCUUUUUGACUGUAAAUCCUUUGCCUUGCUUGUGAGAGACAAAUGUUGUCCCGAUCUAGUAAACAUAACUCCCCCUUCAAAGUCCCUACCAUGUUCAGGGACAGUCACCCGGGGAAUUGAUCACCAACCACUUGUUGGACACCAGUUAGGUUGAGCAGAUUUCACGAGGACCGGAAGUGACCAGGAAGCAAAUAGUUAUUCUUUAGUGGGUGUGUAAAAUGCUUGGACCUUCACGUUUUUACAUUGUGGCUUUUUUAAAUCUCCGUUGUGAUUGGGGAGCCUGGGCAAAAUCAUUGUGAAAACUUCUUGUGUCACAUUUGAGCCUUAAAUUCAUGAGUUUUUGAAACAGCAAAACUGUGUAUGGAGUGUGUCAUGCCAUGAAAAGUCUGAUCAUAUAAAAUAUAACAACUUCUUUGUCUCUGUGUGUGGA